GUUUGUUUUGAUAUAAUACACCAUUAAGGAGUCACAAUGGACGAGACGUCAGAAGAACAACCAUUACAGAUUCAGACACAGCAGUCAAAAACGCUGACCACACAACCGAUCUCAAACAACCAGCGCUCCAAGCCGAAUACGCUGCCAGAAAAGGGAUACAUACCCUUACCCCAGCCAUACACUGGUCCUCCCACCGUAGUCGUCCAACAACCAACUCCCACAGCUCUUACUGCAGGUCAGCUGCCUAAACGAUCCUGGGAUAGUGGACUGUGUGACUGUAACGACGAUAUCGAAGCAUGUUGUGUAGCGUGUUGGUGUUCGAUAUGUUUCGAGGCGUGGUUGGCAGCUAAAAUGGGAGAAGAGUGUUGCAUUCCGUGUAUCGUCCCCAACUCAACGGUAGCGCUGAGAGUGAAAUUAAGAUCUGAAAAUUCUAUCGAGGGCAGUGUAAUGGGUGAUUGUUGUGCAGUAACAUUUUGCUGGCAAUGUGCAUUAUGCCAAAUGAAACGAGAAAUGGACCAUAUAAAAUCUAACAAAUCUAGCUCAAUUGUACUUAUUGGAGAGGUGUGA